GUUCCAGGACAGUCAGGACUGCACAGAGAAACCCUGUCUCAAAAGACCACCCCUCACCCCCAAAAUGUAUCUCCAGCUAUGAUCCCCACUACACUAAUCAGAGGAGUGUCAGGACUUUAGCCUUUAGCACAGAGAGAGAGACAGAGAGAGAGAGAACACAUGCAUAUGGAAGCUGGAGGACUUGGAUAUUGUUCCUCGGGCACGGGGCAGGAUUAGGCACCUCAUCCACAGCAGCUGGCUUCACCUGUCACCUUCCUAAAUCUCUCUGCGCCCCCCAAUGCUGUUCUCUCCCAGCGGCUCUCCCCCUAGAAGGAUGUCUGUCUGCUACCGUCCGCCUGGGAAUGAGACACUACUGAGCUGGAAGGGCUCGCGGGCCACCGGCACUGCCUUUCUACUGCUGGCGGCGUUGCUGGGACUGCCAGGCAAUGGCUUCGUAGUAUGGAGCUUAGCGGGCUGGCGGCCCACGGCGGGCCGGCCACUGGCGGCCACACUUGUGCUGCACCUGGCCCUGGCCGACGGCGCGGUGCUGCUGCUCACGCCGCUCUUUGUGGCUUUCCUCAGCCAAGAGGCUUGGCCCUUGGGCCAGGUGGGCUGCAAGGCGGUGUACUACGUGUGCGCGCUCAGCAUGUACGCCAGCGUGCUGCUCACCGGCCUGCUCAGCCUGCAGCGCUGCCUGGCUGUCACUCGGCCCUUCCUGGCUCCCCGACUGCGCAGCCCGGCCCUGGCCCGCCGCUUGCUGCUGGGGGUCUGGCUGGCCGCCCUGGUGCUCGCCGUCCCGGCCGCGGUCUACCGCCACCUCUGGGGCGGGCGCGUGUGUCAGCUGUGCCACCCAUCGCCAGUGCACGCAGCUGCUCAUCUGAGCCUGGAGACCCUGACUGCCUUCGUCUUGCCUUUUGGGACCGUGCUCGGCUGCUAUGGCGUGACGCUGGCGCGGUUGCGAGGAGCGCGCUGGGGCUCGGGGCGACAAGGCACACGGGUGGGUCGUCUGGUGAGCGCCAUCGUGCUGGCCUUUGGCUUGCUCUGGGCUCCCUACCACGCGGUCAAUCUCCUACAGGCGGUGGCCGCGCUCGCUCCGCCGGAAGGACCCCUGGCCAGGCUCGGCGGGGCGGGCCAGGCGGCGCGCGCUGGAACUACAGCCUUGGCUUUCUUCAGUUCCAGCGUCAACCCAGUGCUCUAUGUCUUCACUGCGGGGGAUUUGCUGCCGCGGGCCGGGCCUCGGUUCCUUACUCGACUCUUCGAGGGCUCUGGGGAGGCCCGAGGGGGCAGCCGCUCUAGGGAGGGUACCAUGGAACUCCGAACUACUCCUAAGCUGAAAGUAAUGGGGCAGGGCAGGGGCAAUGGAGACCCUGGAGGCGGAGAUGGGGGCAAGACGGAGAAAGACAGUCAAGAAUGGUAGACAAGACCCUAAACCCCACCUUGGGGCUCCCCUACCACUUUUCAUUGUGUUCCCAGAGCUCUGGAGUACUUGAGGACCCUUCUCUGAUUGCAGUUUGAGUUUGGCUGAAUAAGGAUUUCUCUAUCUGAACCUGAUUCCUCCAAACCAUGGCAUUGUGAGGGUGACUGUGGCCUAUGUUCAAAAUUUGUGCUUACAGUACAGCCUGGAUCCGUGUACCAACACUAUUUACACGUUGCCAGUAGCUAUUCUUGUGAAAUACCCUGGGAAGCCAUUCGCUGAUGGCUUAAGUGUGCUCCUGGAGUGUACUGAAGCUCUCUCAAGCUCUACCAAGACAGGUCAGGACUGGAUGGUGUCAGCCUUCAGCGGCUUUCUGUCCUGCCUCCCCAUCCAGGUCGUCUGCCUCCCCAGGCCUAUCUGGAGAACCACUUUAGAGUUUGGAUGGGGGUGGAUAAAAUCUAUUCUUAGAAGCAUUUAGGAGGAAGAAACUGGCCUACGAGCAGGGAAGGAAGUCUGUGUAGCGUGAAGGGAAAGUGUUCCUGCUUGACUGGUGGUUGGCACUGAGACAAAAGCACAUGGCUGGAUGGGGGUGCAGGAACCUGGGACCCCAAUACUUAACACUUCCCUCUGACCCUGGGCUCAUCCUUGCAUACCCCCUAUAAACCACCAGGCCUACGAAGAAACCCAGGAGCCAGAGGUUGCUUUAAAAGGGGAAGUUUGAAGAUUGUUUUUUUUUUUUUUCUUUUUUUCUCCUGAGACAGGGUUUCUCUGUGUAGUCCUGGCUGUCCUGGAACUCACUCUGUAGAUCAGGCUGGCCUCGAACUCAGAAAUCUGCCUCCCAAGUGCUGGAAUUAAAGGUGUGCGCCACCACGUGUGGGGAAUGGCAGGGGUAUCUGGAAAACUGAAAGCCAUGCACAGGAAGGCAGUGCCUUCCCUUUCUCCGUCUUUUCUUCCUGUUGUUGAUGUUCCUCACCCUUCUCUAUUACUUCUAGCCUCCAUCUUUUGGAAUCUCUUUAUUAUCAGAUCUAAAACCUGAAUGACCCCUUUGAUUAGGGGGAAAGUA